ACACCACUGCACAAAAUGCUUUUCCUCCCAGCUGCUGCUCUGUGCUGUCUGUGUUCAGCGCUGGCUGCCAUGGCAACACAGCUGAGUCAGGAUUUAACUCUGACCAGGAGAGUCGGUGACAGAGUCUCCCUCAGCUGUGGAGGAACUGAUCAGUGUGAUGAUUAUAUAUACUGGUACCAGAGGAAAGAAAAUGAAACAUUCAGACCAAUUCUUUAUAUCUACAGUGAUGGUAGCACAGAUAAACCUUUCAAUCAUCCUCAGCAAAAUGAUUUCUCAGCUGAGAGAAAUCAGAAAAGCUGUACACUGAAGUUAAAUCCUGUUAAAAUCGAACAUAUAGCCUCCUACUACUGCGGCUGUUGGAAGUCUGCAGUCUUUCUCACUGUGAAUGAAUACCUCUUUGGUUCUGGAACCAAACUGUAUGUAACAGAGGAGCAGCUGAAGGAGCCUGUGGUGAGCGUGUACCCAGCAGCAUCCAGAGCCCACCUGGAGGGGAAGAGCUCCCUGCUGUGUCUGGCCUCAGGCAUGUUUCCUCCUGAGGUCAAGAUCUCCUGGAAAAGACAGAAGAAGGACGGUGAUCUGGAGGAUCUGCUCCCUGCUGAGGGAGAGCAGCUGGAGCUCAGAGAGCCGGGACGCACCACCUCCAUCUUACUGGUGGAUGGGGACCCUGUCAUCCCCUAUAAAUACCACUGCUCUGUCCAGCAUGAGGGGGGAAGAGUGGAGGCCCAAACACAACAAGAGCUUCCAGCUCCAGCAGCCUGUCCUCCAGAGAGACCAGACCUGGCAGCUCUGCAGCAAGCUGACUUGUCCUUCCAGUCUCAGUGCAGGGUGAAGCUGCUCCUCCUGCUCUACACAGUGCUGAUAGUGAAGAGUCUGGUGUACUGCUGUGGACUCUCUCUGCUGAUGAGCCUCAGAACCAAGGGACCGUCCACCAACUGAACACAUGCUGACUCACUGCUUUCUCACCAACUUUUCUUCCUUUGCUCCUUGUUAAAAUCUCACUUCUGCUGAAUUUUCCUGACGUUAAAAAGUUUCUGCUUGUUUCUCCAAAGAUGAUGACAUGUUUCUGUCAUGCAGUGUCAUUUGUAAAAUGAUCUUUGUAGCUUGAUUUGAUCGUUUGAAUCAUUUUCAGAGCUUGUAUUUCUUUGUUGCUUCUCAAAAAGAAGCAGAAUGGUGAUUUUCUUUUUAUUGUAACUCAGCUAUGAUGGAAAUCAUUCAUAUUUUUAUUAAAACAAUCUAUAAUUCA